GUCGGAGUGGUGGUCUCCGCUGGCAAAAUGGACAAAUGCGUCAAAGUACGCAUCCCGAAACAAGUCUGGAAUAACAAGAUCCGCAAAUACUUCACCGAACACUACGCCCUCCUCGUCUCUGACCCCGCCAACUCCACCCGCGCCGGCGACGUCGUACGCAUCCGCGACGGCUACCGCCCCGCCACCCGCGCCGCGCGCGUCGCGCACAUCGUCACUAACGUCAUCUCGCCUUUCGGGCCGCCGCUCGGCGACCGGGCGCCGGUGCCGUCGGACGAAGAGCUACGAGGGGAGCGACACGAGAAGAAGGUGCAUAAGGACGAGCGGCAGGCGUUGCGGGGGCGAAAGUUGGCGUUGGAGCGGGUG